AUGGCGGAGCACUUCCGGAACCGCCUCAAGGAGCUUCGCUCACGCAAGGUGGCGACGGAGGAUGCGGCCCUCGGCUCACAGGCGGCAGCGGCGGCGGGCUCUGCGGCGACGGUGGUGGCGCCGGUGACGCCUCCCCCACUCUCCUCGGCGGCCCUGCCGAGCAAAACAGCGACGUCGGUUCCGGUGGCGAAUCUGCCGCCGCCGUUUAUGUCGCCGCACGCCGCGGCGGUGAAGUACCGAGACACCGUGCGGGACCCGCUCUGCGCGCGGUUCACGACGCGGCACGCGUUGCGCCUCUUCGAGGUUAUGCUGCAGGCAGCCAAAGGCGCCACGGGGCGGAAGCGGGCCCGUUCCCCGGACAAUGCGGCCUCCGCGGAGGAGCCGCGUCACCGUGGCUCGCCGGCGCCGGGGCCUGCGCCAGGGGAGCCGGCGGAGGAUGCUGAGGAGCGAGACUCACCGCGCCAACUUGACAGCGAACAGCCUAUGCUGAGAAAUCUUUGCGACGCCGAGAGGAGGCAGGACAACAACCCCGCCUCUGAUUCUUCUUUCCCUAAUGUGGUUUCUUACUUCUUGCCUGAUAUAGCUGCAAGGUGCUUCACUAACAAUGAAGAGUUGGAGGAACGAGAUGGGCCUGUCAAUGGACAGGCACACCUAAACCAUCCACAGGCGAGAGCCGGAGCAGACGUUGGCGGCACUUCACGUGGCAACAAAAGCGAAUGCAUUCUGGUCACGGGGAAACUGUUCCCAGCCUGCCGCUCGGUAAAUGAGUACAUUCCAAAGGCCCGCAUUGCGCAGGGUGUGUACGGCGUGGUCAUCAGCGCCAUUAAGUCUGCCCCUGAGACGCCUCACCACGGGCACGAGGUGAAGCGGAUGGUCAGGAAGUAUGCACUCAAGCAAGUGAAGGAACAGUGGCUUGUAGACUCGCAAGUCGGGUUUCCACCGUAUCUCCUGAGAGAGUUUGACCUCCUGCUGCGGAUGCGCCAUCCAAACAUUGUGAGGGCCCGGGAGGUGGUGAUUCUCGAUAAGCGGCUUGAAGCGGCAAGGUACUCCUCGCGUAGUGAGGCGGGUGGUAACGGGGGUGGGGGCGAGGACAGCCACAAACCUCGUCCAGAGUCCACCGGCGGGUUUCUGCAAGGAGUGAAGGGGGUAGCCCCCAACACGAACGCUGCCACUCAGCCGCAGGAGAAGUUAAACGCGGAUGGGGUACCCAAGCACGAACGUGGUACGACCCAUGUAAAGGACGUGUAUUUGGUUAUGGACUACUGUCCCUACGAUCUCAAGUCUUUUCUCUCUCUUCAUAAUGAAAAAGGGGUUUAUCUGCAUUUAAGUUCAUGCAACACACACCCUGAUGCCCCAAACAAUUUUUUGUCUCGAGUGAAGUGUAUUAUGCAACAGUUGUUUCGAGCCCUGAAUUUUCUCCAUGAUCAUCGUAUCUUGCACAGAGACAUUAAAACCUCUAACAUUCUCAUUAGCCAUGAAGGGGUGGUGAAGCUUUGCGACUUUGGUUUGGGGCGCCUGUACUGUGAGGGGGAGCAGCUGACUGCCAACGUUGUCACACUCAUGUAUCGUGCCCCAGAGCUACACUUUGGUGUGCGUGACUACUCACACAAGAUGGACGUGUGGUCGCUGGGGUGCAUCAUGGCAGAGCUGUUCCUCAAGAUGCCACUGUUUCGAGCUGAAGAGGAGGUGAAACACUUCGCCGCUGUCUGCGACAUCAUUGGGAUUCCAACAGAGGAGACGUUCAGCGGGUUGUACAAGAUGCCGGAGCUUCUGCGCAUCAUGCGUUGCCUCACCAAAUACAAUCGUGAGAACCAUCUAGCUCGCGUGUUUGAGAAGUCGCGCCACGCCGGUGCGGCGACUCUGCCCGCGAGUGGGUUGGACUUGCUGCAACGCAUCUUUCAGUGGAACCCUUUGGACCGAAUCUCUGCCCGUGACGCGCUCAACCACGCGUUUUUUCACGAAGCCCCGCUGCCGUGUGACCCAGCGGAGCUCUUGCGCCCGGUACCGUCAACAAACGUGCCGCCUGUGCGGAUUGGGGGGAAGUCGUCAGCGAGACGAAAUAAAACGAGUGAAGUGGCGCGAACACCCCCGCCCGAGCCGCUGCCUGCGCAAACAGACGCAGUGCCGCAGGCCAGAGAAAAACCCGCGGCAUCGCCGACGACGGCACGAGUGGCGUCCGUGGAGCCGGCGGAGACGAGCACCACGGGGGGCGCGGGGAGACCGCUGGGGACGGCGGCAGAGGCGGCCUCGCCGCCGUCGGAGGACGACGCCGAGCACGCGCUGCUGCGGGAGUUGGACGCACUUAAGGACGUCCCGAGCCCCGGCGACGGGGACGAAGCCCAACGCGUGGCGAACCAGGCCCGUCUGCAGGCGAAUCAGGACCGUGACUGGGCGUCGUCGCCAGGGUUUUGA